UUCCUGCUGAAUUCCCUUUAUUUCUGUGGUGCGUCCAAAUGUGUAGGAAAAGUUAAAAUAAUCUCGACGCUAUUUAGUUAAAUAAAAUAAAAAAUUGUACAUUUUACAAGAAGGCAAAAUGCCCAAAUACUAUUGUGACUAUUGCGACACAUAUUUAACUCAUGAUUCGCCUAGUGUCCGAAAAACCCACUGUACCGGCCGUAAACAUCGUGACAAUGUUAAAUUUUACUAUCAAAAAUGGAUGGAAGAACAAGCCCAGCAUUUAAUUGACGCUACCACUGCAGCAUUCAAAGCUGGUAAAAUAUCUCAGAAUCCCUUCGCUACAGCUCCACCAAAGCAAGGUGGUGUUGCUAUUCCACCACCAACAAAUAUUGGUCCUCCACCACGACCAGGAAUGAUGCCGCCGGGAAUGCCACCAAUGAUGAUGGGUGCUCAUGGACCUUUACCUCCACCAAUGAUGGGUAUGCGUCCACCUCCAAUGAUGGGACCUAUGGGCAUGAUGGGACCACCUCCACCAAUUGGUGCAAUGGGAAUGCGACCACCGCUGGUGAAUGGACCUCCUCCAAAAUAAUAAUCAGAAUAAAUCUAGUAAUUUCUAACUAAACUUUAAAUUGUACUUUAUUUAAGAUUUUUAAAUAAGAAUUUUUCAUUUUAUAUGAUUAAAAACAAAAAAA